GCGCUAUAUAAGCGUUGCGCAUUCGAAUCUCGUACUUCAGUGCCACAAUAGUGGAUACAUUUAGUAGUUUGUUCAAAAGCAAAGACAAAAAGGAACACAGUCCAGAGGAAAGACACUGUUUACCAAUUAAAAAAGGGAAAAGGGAAAACAAAACUAAGCCAAAACACUAAGAUUGCCCCCACACAGAAGGACGAGCGAUUAGUUCAAGUUCAAUCAUACAGCUGAUAAGAUGAGCGGACGCGACAACCGAGGCGCCGGCGGUGGCGGUCACCAGCCCCUGAGCAGCGCCAUGGGCAAACUCAAGGAUAAACUAACCAGAGCAGGUGACGACCAGGGCUAUCGUCGUGUGGAGAGCAAUCUGUCCACAUCGAAUACCGCCACCAGUUUGGACACAAUACUACCGGAGGAUCCGUUUCCCCUUCCCCAAGCCGCACCCCAUAGACAUCCACAGCCGUCCCGACAACAGCACCAACAGCUGCGCCUGCUCGAGGACGAACCACCACUGUCCUUUCGGCCCCUGCUCGAGGACGACGACAUCAACGAGCCACCCACACAGCCACUGCAGCAGCAACAGCAGCGGACACCAGUGCGUGCCAGCGGCAGCUUGGAGCUGACACCGCUACCCCCACCACCCACGUCACAGGAGAUACGCGAGCAUCGCGACCGACAUCAGCGCAGUGUGCCCGGGGAGGAGCUGCAGCGAAGCAAACAGUCACUGAAGGGCUCCCGCGUGUCCUUCGAGAAGAACAAUACCAGCAGCAAGCCUGCAGUGGAGAGCAGCGACGAGGACAGCUUCGAGGACAAACGGAUCGGGUUCCAGCAGCAGAAGGCCACCAGCGUGGACCACAAGGGCAUAUUGAAGGAUUUGAAGCAUAUUUUGGCCAACGACAAUCGGCGCCAAUUCCAGGCCAAGAAGCACGUGUCGCUGGACGUGAAGGGCACUCGCUUUCUGCAGGACCUGCUCAAGGAGUCAUCCUCGGAGGAGGAGUUCCACAAGACGCGACGCGAGUUCCAGGGCCGCAAGCACCAGAGCCUUGAUCCGCGAGUCACCUUCAAGCUAGACAAAGUAUUACAGGGCUCCAGCACAGACAGCGACGAGGAGGGCGACGACGCCGAGCAUAAGCGCCUUAUCCACCGGCCCAAGGACAUCACCAAGCCACUCAUUAUCGACCUCAAGGAUUUGGAGAGCGAAAGCGACGAGGACUUUCACACGUCGCGCCAGCACUUCCAACAGCAGCGCACCAUCAGCACAGAUUCCCGCAAAAGCCGUCGCCUGUACGAGAUGGAUGAGAUGGGGAACAAGCGGGGCGAGAACAUCCGUCAUGCAGUGCCCUUUGUGCGCCAGAUAACCGAAGAUGGCAAACCCAAGCUGGAGGUCUACAGGCCGACAACGAAUCCCAUCUAUAUAUGGACACAGGUCUUGGCUGCUUUGAGCGUAUCCCUGGGCUCCCUUGUGGUGGGCUUUGUCAGCGCCUACACGUCCCCGGCCUUGGUGUCAAUGACCAACGGAAAUAUCACGUCGUUUGAGGUCACCCCGCAAGCGGCCUCUUGGGUGGGCGGCAUCAUGCCUUUGGCUGGUCUAGCUGGCGGCAUUGCUGGCGGACCCCUCAUCGAGUAUUUGGGCAGACGCAACACCAUCCUGGCCACAGCCAUACCCUUCAUUGUGUCCUCGCUGCUGAUUGCCUGUGCCGUGAAUGUGGCCAUGGUGCUGGCGGGACGCUUCCUGGCUGGUUUCUGUGUGGGCAUUGCCUCGCUAUCGCUGCCCGUGUAUCUGGGCGAAACGGUCCAGCCGGAGGUGCGCGGCACUCUCGGACUGUUGCCAACGGCCUUUGGUAAUAUUGGCAUACUGUUGUGCUUUGUGGCAGGCACAUAUAUGGACUGGUCGAUGCUGGCCUUUUUGGGCGCGACGUUGCCGGUGCCGUUCCUCGUCCUGAUGUUCCUCAUCCCGGAAACGCCACGCUGGUUUGUGAGCCGCGGUCGGGAGGAGCGUGCCCGCAAGGCACUUAUAUGGCUGCGCGGCAAGGAGGCCGAUGUGGAGCCGGAGCUGAAGGGACUGAUGCGGUCGCAGGCCGACUCCGAUCGCCAGGGCAGCCAAAACAAAAUGCUGGAGCUGCUCAAGCGCAACAACCUGAAGCCGCUGUCCAUCUCGCUGGGUCUGAUGUUCUUCCAGCAGCUGAGCGGCAUCAAUGCGGUCAUCUUCUACACGGUGUCCAUUUUCAAGGACGCCGGCUCGACCAUCGACGGCAACCUGUGCACCAUCAUUGUGGGUGUCGUCAACUUCCUGGCCACCUUCAUAGCCACCCUGCUGAUUGAUCGCGCCGGACGCAAGAUCCUGCUGUAUGUGUCCAACAUAGCCAUGACCAUCACACUGUUUGUGCUGGGCGGCUUCUUCUACUGCAAGGCCCAUGGACAGGAUGUGAGCAAUCUGGGCUGGCUGCCGCUGAGCUGUUUCGUCAUCUACAUUCUGGGCUUCUCGCUGGGCUUCGGCCCCAUCCCGUGGCUGAUGAUGGGCGAGAUUCUGCCGUCGAAGAUACGCGGAUCCGCUGCCUCCGUGGCCACCGCCUUCAACUGGUCCUGCACAUUCGUGGUGACCAAGACGUUCCAGGACAUGAUUGAUUUCAUGGGCGCCCAUGGUGCCUUCUGGCUGUUUGGAUCCAUCUGCUUCGUUGGCCUCUUCUUUGUGAUAUUGUAUGUGCCCGAGACGCAGGGCAAGACGCUGGAGGAUAUCGAGCGCAAGAUGAUGGGCCGUGUGCGGCGAAUGUCGUCGGUGGCGAACAUGAAGCCGCUGGCCUUCAACAUGUAAACAUGUGUGGAUCGAGAGUUGUCGUUGUCGUCGUCGUCCCAUAGUCCAUGGCCAUAAUCAAGGAUCUGAAUGCGAUCAAACCAAAUAUUAGACUAGUGCCUUUAGUGCUUAAGUUGUGUAACAGCGCAAUGGAUGGAAGGAGAACCCUGGUCAGCAGCAGGAGCAGGAACAGGAGCAGGAGCUGCAGGAGCAAAACCCUGGGGCCUGAUAUUGUUAGUCCUAGCUAUCGUGUAAUGCUUAGCAAAAGAAUUUCCUUUCUACACACAUAAUUCGUUACUAUUAUUUACAAUAUAGCCACUAAGUGCAUAGUUUUAUUAUGUAUGUAUAAAUGUAUGUAAAUUAUGUUGAGUUUAGCCACUA